AUGGAAGAGGGAGUUAGUGCUGCAGCAGAGACGCCAAAGUUUGAAGGCUUGUUCAAAGCUCUUCGCCUUUAUCGUAACAAUCAAAUCGAAGCAUGCGAAGAGGAGUGCACGAAGCUACUCAAUAAAAAUCCUCUAGAUCAGGCCGCAUGGGCUCUGAAACUUUGCUGCUUGACUGACCCUGUCUACGUUGACGAACUUGAAAAUGAUGAACUCGGCAUUGCUGAGACAUUUUUGGAUCAGAAUGUCAUUGCACCAAAUGCUCGCCCUGGAACAUCCUUCCAAAGACCAACCACUACCGGAAAAGGGAUGAAUCCAAUCAUGAGACCAGUAUCAACAGCAGGAAGACCGCUCUCAGGCGUAGCCCGUCCGCUAACAUCACUUCGUCCCGGGACCAUGGAGCAAGCAGUACGCACAAGUCGUACUGCUAGGACAGCCAGAGCCGUUAGCAGUGGAUCAGCCAGACAGCUACGUUUGGGAACGGCUUCUAUGGCAGCUAGUGCCGAUGGACCUUUUGUUAAUUUGGCUCGUCUCAAUGUGGAUAAAUACGCAGCCGACCCUCAUGUAAGUGAACCAAAAUUCUCGAAUUAUGUAUACGUGUAA